AUGGCGGAGGCUCCGCCCCGCCAGCUUCGCAGCUUCCAGGUCCCGGUGAAGUUCGAGUCUAACUACAAUGCCGGCGGCGCGAACGGAGAGGACAGUGUCCAAUGGUCGCAAAGCAUGGGCCAGGUGACACUGACCCACCGGCUCGAGGGCAUCCUCGAAGAUCGCCGGGAGUGGUCCAGUGAGGACGUCAAGGUGGAGCUCUCGGCCAAAGGGAUGAAGGUGACCCUCAACGGGGAUCUCUUCAAGCCUCUCUCUGCAGAUUUCCUCGGCGAGGUGUGGCGGUUCAAAUCCUGGUGGACAGUGGAGAGCGGCGUGCUCAUCAUCCACGUCUUCAAACGGCAGAUGGCAACCUGGCGAUUCCCUUUCCAUCGCGACACCGGGGGCACGGGCCUUUUCAGGAGAAAUCCGUUCCCCUGGACGCCGGCCAUGCGGGAUGCGCCGGGUGGAACGAACAUCUCACACUUGGACAUCAACUACGCCAAGGAAGCGCCAAAGGAGGAAGAGCUCGAAGUCAUCCCGGCCGGUCGCCCGGAGCCACUCCCGGGCGAGAUCCUGCCGGAUGGCAGCGUGAAGGAGGCUGCGCCGGGCGGUAUGUUUGCCUUGCUCCCGGAGGGUCUCGUCUGCACGCCCAACGACCUUUGUCUUGGCAUCAGCGCUCACCAGGAGGACUACUCCGUCACGAUCGAAGUUCACUUCGAGCGAGAUCGCUAUGAGCGCCUGUGUGCGCGAUAUCCCCUGGAGGCGCUGCUAGCAGCUGAUGUCUGGUCAAACGCAGUCUCGAUCUUCUUCCAGGGCGACCGUAGCAAUCCAAUCCUCUUCGGCGAGCUGAGUGGGCAGGUCAUACCGGAAUCGAGCACCUGGCGCAUGGGCUCCUCAGAUCCUAUGAGGAGGCGGCAAGUUGCCGGAGACAGGUACAGCCCCUGCCUCGUGGUGAAGCUGACCAAGGCGUCCCGCCAUCCCGAUGUCUGGAAGACGGUGUUCAAGGAGACCUGGCAGCACAAGCUGAUGGUCAAGGAGCUCGGGCCUUUCGGCCCGGAGCACUUUGAAGGGAUGAGUGGCGGGAAGACCUAUCUACGCGCAGGCUACAACCUGGAUGAGCCAGACUUUUGGGCCAACGUGGACAACUAUGCCUUCACAACGAUGAAGCAGUCCGGUUACACCUCGGCGCCCAAGAAGCUCGUAGCGUAG